GAACCUUGCUCUGUCACUCAGACUGGAGGGCAGUGGCACGACCUCAGCUCACAGCAACCUCCACCUCCCAGGUUCAAGUCAUUCUCCCACCUCAGCCUCCCGAAUAGCUGGGAUUACAGGCACCUGUCGCCACACCCAGCUGAUUUUUGUAUUUUUGUAGAGACGGGGUUUCACCAUGUUGGCUAGGCUGAUCUUGAACUCCUGACCUCAGGUGAUCCGCCCACCUCAGCCUCCCAAAGUGCUGGGAUUACACAUGUGAGCCACAGCACCCAGCCAAUUUUGAGUUUUUUCUAUGUGCUCGUUCUCAUUUAUCAUUACCUGGAAAGUUUGAGGUACUUAUUCUUAGCAUAAUAAAUUUCCUUUUUUCGUCAAGACUCAGACUACAGAAACACAGCUGAAUAUUCUAAAUUCAAUGAAAUCAACUCUUUAAAAUCAUUACAUGUGGUCUGAAUCCAAAUCAGACAAGAUCUAAAGAAAAUCAAAAAGUGCAUAAUUCUCUUUAAGUCUUCUUGGGUUUGUACGUGUGUUAAGAAUGGGGAAAUGAGAGUGGCUUCUGGUGCUCUGGGGUGAGCUCUGCCUGGCUGCAGGGAUGGCGGGGAGAAGGAAGCUCAUUGCAUUGAUAAGAAACGAGGACACAGUGACUGGUUUCCUGCUGGGCGGCAUAGGGGAGCUUAACAAGAACUGCCACCCCAAUUUCCUGGUGGUGGAGAAGGAUACGACCAUCAGUGAGAUCGAAGACACUUUCCGGCAAUUUCUAAACCGGGAUGACACCGGCAUCAUCCUCAUCGACCAGUACACCGCAGAGAUGCUGCAGCAUGCCCUGGACACCCACCAGCACUCUAUCCCUACUGUCCUGGAGAUCCCCUCCAAGGAGCACCCAUAUGAGGCCGCCAAGGACUCCAUCCUGUGCAGGGCCAGGGGCAUGUUCACUGCCAAAGACCUGUGCUAGGGUCUUCGUGUGAGGACUCCUCACAGCCCUCAGCCCUUCCCUCGUUUCCAGGCCUCUCCCCAGGCUUGCCAUCAGCCUUCUUUACAUUUUGAGCCUCUAAUUUCCAAGUCCCUGCCCCUUCCCACUCCAUUAAGAGGCUAGGUCAGGCACUUCUAGGUUGCUGGGGCUCUGCUGUUAAAAUCAAGGCUGGUUAAGGAACAGGAAGCCUGACCAUCUCUCUCCACUACCUCUUCCCUGUGCUAUUACACAGUGUCAUCGUUGAUGUUAAAUUACAGUCAUAUUCUUGCUUCUCUCCAAAAAAAAAAAAAAAAAGAAGAAUGGGGAAAUGAGCAAGGACUUAGAAUUUUAGGAACAGGCUUAUUUUCUUAGGAUGAGUGGAUGCAGAGCUAGGAAAAGAUGGCAAGGGCAGUGUAAUUGUUUGGUAAAGACAUGAUGGAUUCUCCACGAUGUCUUUUGUAUUUGUGUUUCCCAGAGUAUGCGUGCGCCUAUGCAUGUUUUUUAACAUAAAAUAUUACUCGUCUAAAGAAACAGUACAACGGCAUCCUGCAAUGCCAGAAAGCAAGGGUGUUACCCAAAAUUCAUGAGCUAAGGUCAAACAGACAAAGAAGCGAGCUUAAAGGUCUUCCACUAGCCAAAUUUCUGAGAAUGUGAGCAUUAAAAGUAUAACAAUUAUAGUGGAUUGCAAAAUACUGAAUCCAUAAUGACACUAAAAAAGGAACAGAUAAAUUCAUUUGAAACAUAUGAAGUGUCUAUUUUACAAAAACCUUGCUUUGAGAACUGGUAAUGAAAAAGAAAAAUCUAAUCAUGUAUCGGGCCUUUCCCACAGGAAACACAUUUCAGGGAAUCUAAUAGCCCCAGCUAAGGAAAAAUGCAAUCAGAACGCCAAUUAAGAAGUGUAGAAGUGAUAAAAUUAGAAAAAUAUUAUUUCAUUAACUCUAAUAAAACUAUUAUCAGGUAUUAGCAAAUGAUAUUAAUUAUUAGGUGAUGGCUGAUAUGA